AUGCAACAGGCACUAAGCGAAGACAUCGGUUACGUGUUAUACUCAGCAUUAGGCUCUUUCUACUUACCCAGCUGCAUAAUGGUUUUUGUCUACAUACGAAUUUAUUUUGCCGCCAAGGCGAGAGCGAGACGCGGCAUUAAAAAGCAUCCUCGUAAAACAAACAACGAACAGGUCACUAGCUUCACCACUAUCGGCAAGAAGGGCACCAUUCCGAUGCCUUCGUCCAGCGCGAUAAGCGCGCUGCAAAUGAAUCAGGAGCGUCAGAUAGCCACCAUCGAAACACCACCGAACAGCGCCUCGCUGCCAAUGCAGAUACCAACUGUUACGUGCGAUCUCGCAUCAGACAUCUCCACAUCGGAGGCAGCCGACAUGGAACCGCAUCCACUCGUCUACCCCAAUGGCAACUCAAGUGUACCGUCCCCGCUCAGCAUGCUCACACCCGGUUCUCCUAACUGCACACUAUCCGCAGCAGACAAGGAAACACUCAAAGUAAGUACGAUAGCGACGAGUCGAGGUGCUCUAAAUGUGCCCGUGCCGCCGUCUAUGGCCGCUGCAGUGACAGCCAAUUCAGCCACUUCCAACAAUAAUAAUAAUGAUAGCGGGACGCCGCUGGCCACAGAUGGCAUGACAAGUGGGACGGCUACAGCAGCGCAACACGGCGCCGCAGCGUCUAAUACCAGCGCUACUGGAGCGACGUUAACCACACCGAAUGCUAGCGGUGGUGCAGCGGGAUUGGGUGCAUCGCCGAACGAAUUGCGCGUAUCGCCCAUCGUAGGACGGUGUCGUGCACUCUCCGUAGGCAUUGACACCGACAUGGUUAGCGAAUUUGAUCCAUCCAGCUCCGAUUCAGGUGUGGUGAGUCGUUGUGCAGUGGUUAAGCCGCUGAAAUUCAGACUGUGUCAACCGAUUUUCGGCCGAAAAACGGCGAACCAAGCACGACGAAACGAGGCAAAAGCAACAGCCACAGUAGUGGCGACAUCGAAAACAUUAAAACCCUCCGAAGUGGUGAAAGCCGAACUGGAACCAGCAAUACCGAAGGUGCAAAAACCGCGUGAUCCCGAAAAGGAAAAACGACGCAUCGCACGGAAGAAAGAAAAACGAGCCACACUCAUAUUGGGAUUAAUUAUGGGCAGUUUUAUUGCCUGCUGGCUACCAUUCUUCUUUCUCUACAUACUGGUGCCAGCCUGUGGCAGCUUCUGCAAUAUACCAGACUCCGCUUUUGCCAUCGCAUUCUGGCUGGGCUACAUGAACUCCGCCUUGAAUCCGGCCAUUUACACCAUCUUCAAUAAGGACUUUAGACGCGCCUUUCGACGCAUACUAUUCAAGUGA